GUCCCCCUCGCAGCCCCCCCCCACUCUCCUGGAGCGGGCCUGGCUGCCCAUGCGCGCGCGCUCCGGCGCCACCGCGGCCUCCGCACGCAGCGCGCUGCUGCUGGCCUGCCUGGUGACCACCUGCGCCGGGGCGAAGAGCUGCGCCUGGGCGAGGGUGGAGGGGGACGGCUGCAGCUGGACGAAGGAGGUGGCGGGCGGGGCGACCACCUACACGGCGACGCUGGCUGCGGGGGAGUGCGCGUGUCCGGAGGACAUCGAGGGGCUCGCCCUGCCGCUGUGGGUGUCGCUGCCCGUGGUCUGCUUCUUCGUGCUCCUCUCGGGCCUCUUCUCGGGGCUGACCCUCGGGCUCAUGGGGCUUGACCUCGUCGGCCUGGAGAUCGUGAUGAAAGGGGGCGACGAGACGAUGGCCAAGUGCGCAAGGACAGGGAGGGAUCCACCCCGUGCGCUCCAGGGGCAACCUCCUGCUCUGCACCCUGCUGCUCGGCAAUGUCGCCGUCAACGCGGCGUUGUCCAUCCUAUUAGCUGA